AUAUCAAUAACAAAUGUCAGUGUUUAUCUGUAAAUAACAAUAUAUCAAUAACAAAUUUCAGUGUUUAUCUGUAAAUAACAAUAUAUCAAUAAUACAUCUCAGUGUUUAUCUGUAAAUAACAAUAUAUCAAUAAUAAAUCUCAGUGUUUAUCUGUAAAUAAUAUAUAAAUAAUAAAUGUCAGUGUUUAUCUGUAAAUAAUAUAUCAAUAAUAAAUGUCAGUGUUUAUCUGUAAAUAACAAUAUAUCAAUAAUAAAUGUCAGUGUUUAUCUGUAAAUAACAAUAUAUGAAUAAUAAAUGUCAAUGCUUAUCUGUAAAUAACAAUAUAUCAAUAAUAAAUGUCAGUGUUUAUCUGUAAAUAAUAUAUAAAUAAUGCAUGUCAGUGUUUAUCUGUAAAUGACAAUAUAUAAAUAAUACAUGUCAGUGUUUAUCUGUAAAUAAUAUAUCAAUAAUAAAUGUCAGUGUUUACCUGUAAAUAAUAUAUCAAUAAUAAAUGUCAGUGUUUAUCUAUAAAUAAUACAUCAAUAAUAAAUGUCAGUGUUUAUCUGUAAAUAAUAUAUCAAUAAUAAAUGUCAGUGUUUAUCUGUAAAUAAUACAUCAAUAAUAAAUGUCAGUGUUUAUCUGUAAAUAAUACAUCAAUAAUAAAUGUCAGUGUUUAUCUGUAAAUAAUAUAUCAAUAAUAAAUGUCAGUGUUUAUCUGUAAAUAAUAUAUCAAUAAUAAGUCAGUGUUUAUCUGUAAAUAACAAUAUAUCAAUAAUAAAUCUCAGUGUUUAUCUGUAAAUAAUAUAUAAAUAAUAAAUGUCAGUGUUUAUCUGUAAAUAAUAUAUGAAUAAUAAAUGUCAGUGUUUAUCAGUAAAUAACAAUAUAUGAAUAAUAAAUGUCAAUGCUUAUCUGUAAAUAACAAUAUAUGAAUAAUAAAUGUCAGUGUUUAUCAGUAAAUAACAAUAUAUAAAUAAUAAAUGUCAGUGUUUAUCAGUAAAUAACAAUAUAUGAAUAACAAAUGUCAGUGUUUAUCAGUAAAUAACAAUAUAUGAAUAAUAAAUAUCAGUGUUUAUCUGUAAAUAACAAUAUAUCAAUAACAAAUGUCAGUGUUUAUCUGUAAAUAACAAUAUAUAAAUAACAAAUGUCAGUGUUUAUCAGUAAAUAACAAUAUAUGAAUAAUAAAUGUCAGUGUUUAUCAGUAAAUAAUAUAUGAAUAAUAAAUGUCAGUGUUUAUCUGUAAAUAACAAUAUAUCAAUAACAAAUGUCAGUGUUUAUCUGUAAAUAACAAUAUAUAAAUAACAAAUGUCAGUGUUUAUCAGUAAAUAACAAUAUAUGAAUAAUAAAUGUCAGUGUUUAUCAGUAAAUAACAAUAUAUCAAUAACAGUGUUUCUGUUCCUUUGACUUGCAGAAAGCUGCUGGUGCCAGUGGCCAUGUUGCUGGUGCUGGUGCACGCAGACAUGAGCACGGACGAUUCCACGUCUGAAGAAGUUUCCACAGCCAAUCAGGUGACAGUCGCUGACGCUGCAGUUCCAAACUACAACCAUGCUGAAGUGGAAGAAGAUGAGGACACUGCACACCUGGGACUGAAGGAACCGAAGGGACUGAAGGAACUGAAGGGACUGAAGGAACUGAAGGAACUGAAGGAACUGAAAGAACUGAAGGAACCGAAGGAACUGAAAGAACUGAAAGAACUGAAGGGACUGAAGGAACUGAAGGGACUGAAAGAACUGAAGGAACCGAAGGAACUGAAAGAACUGAAAGAACUGAAGGGACUGAAGGAACUGAAGGAACUGAAGGAAAUAAAGAGAGUGAAGGAACCAAAGGAACAUCUGAGUUUCCUUCCAACCACACCUCAAGUCCUCCAGCCCGCCAAUCAGAGCAUCGCUUCUAGGGCAGCCAGUCCUGACAAGACCCUCCUCCGUCCUCCACUCAAACUUCUGCCCAAGAACCGAACGUCCAAAAGGAAAACCAAAGUCCCGCGCCAUCGGGCGUGAACCACACACACACACACACACACACACACACACACACUCACGCGUGUACACACUACUUCAAUUUUGCUAAUAAAUAUUCAAACUUGUC